UUUGAACACAAGAAAAACUAAAACAAAACAAAAAGCUUUCUCCGUUUCGAUAUUGUAUUCGAACUAAUUGCACAGGAUCUUUAAAACAAUCUGAUGAAAUAAGAAAUUACUAUCAUCAGAUUUAAAAAGCAUCAAUUUUGAAAGCAGAAUCCCCAGAUUCAUAUAUUCUCUCUUUAUUUUGGUUUCUCUCCCUAUUUCUCUUGUGCUAAUGGAAGCUGAUGUAUCCAUUCCCUUCUGAACCCCCAACAAAAUCAAAUCCCUUCCUUUAGACAGAGAAUUAGGGUAUUUUAUUUGAGGUCGAAUUUAUUUUUGGUAAUUUUUGGAUUAAGAUGAAUCGUGCUGUGGUAUUAUUAUUAUUAUGGGUUCUCUGUUUAUUGAGUGUUUGUUGGAUGACGUCAGCCGGUGUUGUGUUGAUUGGAAGCAACGUUACCCUCUCUUUUGAUGCUAUUGAAGCUAAUUUUGCUCCAGCAAUUAAAGGGUCAGGGGAAUGUGGGGUAUUAUAUUUGGCAAAGCCUCUUGAUGCGUGUUCGGAUUUGAGUAAUAAAGCUGAAAAAGUUUCGAAUGUUACUUCCCCUUUUGCGUUGGUUAUUAGAGGAGGGUGCAGUUUCGAGGAGAAAGUAAGGAGAGUGCAAAAGGCAGGAUUCAAAGCCGCCAUCGUCUAUAACGAUGAUGAUGAUGGUGUCUUGGUUGCAAUGGCUGGGAAUUCAGCUGGCAUAAAGAUACAUGCUGUCUUUGUUUCCAAAGCCUCUGGUGAAAUACUCAAAAAGUAUGCUGGGUCUACUGCUAUGGAGUUAUGGCUAAUCCCUAGUUUUGAAAACUCAGCAUGGUCGAUCAUGGCCAUCUCCUUUAUUUCUCUACUUGCCAUGUCAGCAGUGCUGGCAACUUGUUUCUUUGUACGUAGGCAUCGCAUUAGACGAGAACGCCCUCAUUCUUCUCGAGUUCGUGAAUUCCAUGGAAUGAGCAGGCGUUUGGUAAAAGCAAUGCCUAGCUUGAUAUUCACUGUGGUCUUAGAAGAUAAUUGUACAUCUAGAACGUGUGCAAUAUGUCUUGAAGAUUAUACCGUGGGAGAGAAACUCAGGAUUCUUCCAUGUUGUCACAAGUUUCAUGCUUUCUGUGUUGAUUCUUGGCUUACGACGUGGAGAACUUUUUGCCCUGUUUGCAAACGAGAUGCAAGAACUAGCCCAAGUGAUCCACCUGCGUCAGAAAGUACACCAUUGCUUUCAUCCACCCCAAGCUCCAUGUCUUCCUCUGUGUUGUCAUCUGUUAGAUCCUCAUUAGCAUCAUCAUCAGCCAUACAAAUCGCCCCUGAAGCAUCAUGGUCUCCAUCAGUUUCUCAUACUCAUUCUCUUGUCAGUAGUCCAUAUAUUCCGCAAUCACUUGGGUCCUACCAUCAAUCUCCUUCCAUGAGCUAUAGCCGAAGCUCAGUAGAUCUUAGGAACACAUACUCUCAAAGAUCUCAUGCUUCUCAUUUGGUUUCACCGGCCUCAUUUAAUUACCCAUCUAUAUCACCUCUUAAUGCAAGAUACAUGUCCCCCUGUUUACCAAGCCCAAGCAACGCGUCACCAAAUUUAGUGAGUUCUUCUGGUCACCACCUGCAUCCACUGCAUUACAGUGAGUCAGCUACUAGUUUUUCGCCUUUUGCAUCUGCUCAUUCUCUUCCAGAAUGUUAAUUAGAUGAAUAAUAACAAGCUGAAUUUCAUAUAAUGGAGUGAGCUACAUACAUUAAAUCUUUCCGAUCUUUGGUACUAAUCAUAGGUCAUUAUACCAUUAUCGGGCUCCUCUUGAUGUGAUUGCUUGCGUUCUUUUCCAAUGUCGAGAAUGUAACAUGUUGUUGCUGGAUUUGUACCUUGUUGCAUGAGAUUUGUGUCAUUUGUCUUGAUUCCCAAAAUGAUAUUGUGGUUUAUAUUAAUGAGGUUUUGAAAGUUUAUACUCA